AAACAAAACUUAUACUUGCCGAUACCUGAGAUACCUCCUUGAUAUACGGUUGUAAGUAGUUUAGUAAAAACCCUUUAAUACAAAAAACUUCAAUCGUACUUACAUUCACACAAUGUCGAUUGGAUCGGUGUACGAAACUGCUUACAAAGGAGACUUUAAUCAAGUUAAAGUUAAAAUUGAUCAAGAUGCAAACCUGGUAAAAACUCCGGAUCCGAAUAAUCGCCUUCUUAUUCAUUGGGCAGCUCUGGGUGGAAAUGAGAAUUUGGUUGAUUUUAUAAUCCGCUCAGGGAGUCCUAUUGAUCCUGUUGAUGACACAAACUCUACUCCUCUAAUACUUGGGGCUUCAGCGGGAAAGGUUGAGGUUGUUAGACUACUCAUUGGUAAAAAUGCCAAUGUUAAUCAUAAAACAGCCCGGGGUCAGACUUCAUUACACUAUGCUUGUUCUAAAGGCCAUAAAGAUGUUAUAAAGCUGCUCAUUGAGGCGGGAGCCAACGUAAACGAGGCUGAUGUGUUGCAUGCUACUCCCCUUCAUAGAGCAGCAUCUCUAGGCAGGAAUAACAUAGUUGAACUACUGUUAAGUCAGCCAGAUAUCAAAGUAGAUCCUGAAGAUUCUACAGGCUGCACACCUUUACAUUUAGCCUGUGAAGAAGAUAGAGAAUCAGCUGCAAUCAUGUUGGUUAAGGCGGGAGCUGCAUUAGAUAUCAAGAAUAAGGAAAAGAAGCCCCUGGACUUUUGUUCAACUAAGCUGAAACAAACUUUAAUGUCUCUGGUGGAAUAAAUUGUUUUUCAUACA